CAUUGAAAUAAAAGAAUUCUCUUUUUUCGAUACCUAAUAACGAGACCUUGAGACCUGACGCUUCGGUUUUCAAUUCAACGACAGUCGACGAUAAACUUUGUUCAUUCGGAAAGGAAGCUGAUAAAAAAAGAUUUGAAUAAAAAACCGGAAGAGGAGAACAUAGGAGACAAAGAGCUCAUUAGUAGAGACAAAUUCAGAAAUCGAUAAAAAAAUUCACAUAAAAAGUCUAAUUUAAUAAAAGUCUAGAAAAUAUUUGCGCUGACAUGUAAUGUUGUAUUGCUAUUCAUUAUUUCAUUGCGUAAAAAACUUUAACUUUGAAUAAAGAACAAAUUAAAAACGAAUUAACUGUGAAUUUUUUUUUAAUGACAUUCGAUUGUCCCGAUUAUUUUGUCAUUCUACAACCAAAUGUUUCAUCGAAAUCACGAAAUGUAUAUUUUUCUACACGACUCAUGUCACACGACUAAUGACAGUUUUUUUUUUUUACUCGAGGUGUAAAGGAUCUUAUAUAUUUAUGAGAAAACCGGUUGGACGUUGUAUGCCGACGUGAAAAGAGGCACUGUUGCGAGCUGAGAGAACGUCGGAUAUAUGAUCGUGAACGAUCUCCUCUCUCUCUCUCUCUUCCUCCUCCUCUGUUGCCGUUUGAUCGGACGAGUUGUCCGAGGGCUGCUUCAUUAGCGCGGUGACGUAUCCAGUGAGUACAAGUGCGUUCCAUUCGCAAGUGGUCCGAUACUUUUCUCGAGUCUUUCCUCUUCUGUAGAGAUUUUUACAAGAUCUCUCUCGUCGCAGCUUUUCGACGCGGUAUUGCGAUUAUUGCUAAAAUGGUUGGUUAAAUUUCUACGUGGAUUGGUGAUUUGGUGACUUUAAAAAGAUCCACGGCGAAGAAACGUGCAAUCAAAGAAAACUUUCCUGAAAAGUUUAUAUUUCACUUCGACUUAAUAUUCCCCAUCGCCAGCCACGAAGAUGGACUACGAGGAUGUGCAAGAGGAUCUUCUUCUGAACGUUGUCUCUCACCUUGCGCCGGAAAACGAGAAAAUCGUCUACGAUCUUCUGCUGAAGACUUUGACGUCAAAGGACUUCCGUUCCUUCGAGAAGACAAUAAAUCACAACUUGGCGAAGCAGCCACCUGUUUUAGACAUCGACUUCGUUUUUCCUAAUCACGCGGAAGAAACGUGUCUCGACAUCGCCAGCAGAAAUGGCCUGACAGAAUUCGUGGAGUUUCUCCUGCUCAAAGGCGCGAACCCCAACAGAGUGAACAAGAUACACAAUCGCGCUCCUAUUCACUUUGCCGUCGAAGCGGGACACACGAGCACAUUGUUGGCUUUGCUGGAGAACCCAACGACCAACCCGGAUAUCGAGGCGGGUAAGCAAACCGCUCUGCACAUCGCGGUGAAGAAAAAAGACCUGACAUGCGCUGCGAUGUUACUGCAGAAAGGCGCCAGCGCCAGUAUUCCCGACAGCAAGGAACAGACAGCUCUGCACAACGCGGUAAGAAUGGGCCAUCGCGAAAUGGCGGAGUUGAUACUUAGACAGUGCCGGCAGUGUCUGGACGUGGACAGGUACAAAGACUUCAGGAAUCAGACGACGCGGGAGAUAAUCGAGAAGACGCUACAAGAUUUGGUGCCAUUGUUGCCGCCCAAAGGCCAACACAGAGAAAUAGACGAGUAUACUUUCAUACAUCAUCUAAACAAUAACGACAAGAUAAAUUUCCUACGGGAUUUGGAGCUCGUCGAGCUGGACGUGCUUCACGGCAUGGCUGAAAAUCUGCUGAAGAAAAUCGCAGACAACAAUUUUCACGAGGUCGUGACGGCGAUCUUGAAGAAACUAAAGGGAAGACAAUUCAGUGUGAAGGAAGCCGCAACCAUAGCUGUUCAGCGGGGUCAUCCCGCUGUCCUCGAACAAUUGCUGCGCGCGGAACCCGACGUCGCUAAAACGAUCCCUAAAGAUCUGAUUCUGUAUGCCUGUAUGGAACUAGGAACGCCAGGGAAACAUGGAGACAACUCUUCCGAUCGGUUGGAGUGUCUGAAGUUGAUCCUGAAAGAAAACGUGAACGUUCGUUGCAUAGACAGCAAGGGCAAUACGCCGCUACAUCACGCGGCUCGGGCGAAUUGCCACGAGGCGGUGUCUCUGCUCCUCGAGCGGGGAAGCUACAUCGGUCACCAAAAUAAUUACGGCGUACCACCGAUCGCGGAUAUUUCUACGUGCACGUUGUCGCAAUACUUUGAUGAAUGUUUACGAAUACGAAAGAGCAGGAAAGAUGAUCAGACAUAUGAUACAAACGCGGAAACACCGAUAUGCGUGAACGACUACAAAGUCGAGGUCGACUAUCGUUGUCUGAUGCCGCAUGACUCGGAAUACGACGACAAAACACAGACGAUUGCGUGCCGGACAAGCCACGAGAUGGACUUGUUCAAGUACAUAAUUGCUCACAAGAGUAUGAAACCUCUGCUGAAGCAUCCGUUACUCUCGUCUUAUCUCUAUAUCAAAUGGUACAAAAUACGACACUUCUUGAUUGCAAACUUCAUCUUCUACGUGCUUUUUUUCGUCGUACUGAACACUUACAUUCUGAGCAGAGCCUACAAUGUUUCAUCAUGUAAAAACGACACGACUGAUAACAAUUUCGGGAACGACAGAUGGGAGGUCAGUUGUGAGAACGGCAUGACUUGGUGGACCAACUUGCUGUGGAUUGUCACCGCCGUGCUGCUGUUGUUCCUCGCUUCUCGAGAAUUCCUGCAGAUCACCUCCUGUCCUUGGCACUACAUAAAGAAUCCGAGAAAUUACCUCUUGGUCGCAUUGAUCGCGCUGACCGUUGCUGUCUUGUGCGGAGCGGAUCUCCAAAUCGGCGCCGUGACGAUCCUGAUCUCCACUUGGGAAUUGGUGAUUCUGAUCAGUCACCAUCCGCGCAUGUCCAUCAACAUCGAGAUGUUUCGCACGGUCUCUCUCAACUUCGCACGCUUCCUCAUUCCCUACACGCUCCUCAUUAUCGCCUUCGCUCUGUCAUUUUACACGCUCUUCAAGGACGGCGAAGACACACACUUCGGCAGUUUUGCUCUCUCGCUGUUCAAGACCAUCAUCAUGUUCUCUGGCGAGUUCGACGCAAGCGACAUUCCAUUCGUCUCGUAUCCCUUCUGGAGCCGCAUCGUGUUCAUCUUGUUCGUUGUGCUACUGCCGAUUGUUCUGUUCAAUCUACUCAACGGUCUGGCGGUAAGCGACACUGCCGAGAUCCUGAACAAAGCCGAGCUGGUUGUGCAAGUCUCCAGGGUACAUCUUCUCGCGUACAUAGAAGACAUGGCGAUCGGAAAGCCGUUCAUCUUGUGCUGCCAGAAUUCGCGCUGGAACCCCUUCAAUUUCUUAGCGAAAAAACUGCACAACUGUCUUGACUAUUGUGACACGGAAUCUGAUCAUGAGAACUAUAUAUAUAUCCGCAAAGAGUCCGCGAAUCUCCUCAUAACUAAGAAAAUGGAUCGCGACAUAAUUAAACAAGCGAAACGGAUUAUCUCAAACAAGACUCGGCUGUCGGAGAACGAAAUGAUAAUAAUGGCGUUAAACAAUAUGCAGACGAAGCUGGCGGCGAUGGAGAACGCUUUGAAUAACGUGAGACUCGCGGUUGAAAAUAACAACAACAUGACGGGAAACUUGCAAUAUGCCUUGUCUGCAAAACGAACGUUCAUGAUUCUAGGACUACGGAUGCAUGAGGACGAGCUUAAAGCUUAUGCAAUAUACCUCAUAUUCAUAGACAUCUUCCUGACAGGCACCAAUCAUGGAUGUCAAUUCGGCAUCAAUGUAGUAGCGGCUCAUACGCUUAACAUCGGCAAAAACAUUAAAAAUUUAAUUGACCGAAGUCUUGGCAUACUCGCCGCCUGCAUCAAAUUGUUUAUUCACUUUGACAAAGCGCAGCAGUGGCAUCAUUGUAAAAAUCCCAGGAUCAUGCAACUUGUUACAACAGUUUUGCCGGUUGUGCGACAACGCGGCGUAAUUGCGCGUUCUUUUUCCAAAUGGUCGCUUACGCUUCGUCAGCCGGAACCAAACUGCAGAUCGUUGCUUUUACGCACGGAAUACUCGGGUGGAAAUUCGGGAUUGCCACUCGCUAGAUACUCAAACGUACGCCGGUUUUUUCCCGUGUUAGCCGGGGCAAGAUUUUUCUCGAAAAGACAUCCGCCCAGUGGUGGAGACAAUGGAGAUCAACCUCCAGAAUAUACUGGUUCUCUGCCAGCAACAGUUGUGGUACCAGAAGUGUGGCCUCAUGUACCAGUUAUUGCAAUUAACAGAAAUCCAGUAUUUCCUCGAUUCAUCAAGCUCAUUGAAAUUUCCAAUCCAGUUUUGAUAGAUUUGAUACGUAGAAAAAUCAAGCUUAAUCAGCCAUAUGUAGGAGUUUUUUUGAAGAAAGUGGAAGAAAAUGAAUCUGAAGUAGUUGAGAGUCUGGAUGAUAUUUAUUCUAUUGGUACCUUUGCUCAAGUGCAUGAAGUACAAGACUUAGGUAAUCGACUGAGGCUAGUGAUUAUGGCACACAGGAGAAUUAAAAUAGUCAAUCAAAUUGUUGAAGAUUAUCAACCAGAAAAUGAGGAGAAAAAGAUGAAACUGACGUUUCCGCUAUUAAAUACUACAAUUACCGUUCCUGUAGACGACACAAUAACCAGAGGCAAGAACAGGAGAUCAUUGCGUAAGAAAACAGAAAAUAAAGUUCCAGAAAAAAGUGAGAAAGCAGAAAAAGUCGAUGAAGAAGCAAACCCUACGGAAGUGAAACCUUUGCCGGAUGUUUCUGAACAAACAUAUAAGCCAGUGGAUGCUUCAUCAUCUCAACCUAAUAGACAACCUGUAUUAAUGGUGGAAGUUGUAAACGUGACACAUGACAAAUACAAACAAACAGAAGAAAUCAAGGCUUUAACUCAAGAACUUAUUAAAACAAUACGUGAUAUAAUAAGUAUGAAUCCUCUGUAUCGUGAAUCUCUCCAACAAAUGCUGCACCAAGGACAAAGAGUUGUAGACAAUCCGGUAUACCUCAGUGAUUUAGGUGCAGCUUUAACUGGAGCAGAAGCGCAAGAAUUACAAGAAGUUCUAGAAGAAAUGGAUAUUCUGAAGAGAUUGAGAUUGACUUUAGCUCUGUUGAAAAAAGAAUAUGAAUUGAGCAAGCUGCAACAGAAAAUAGGAAAGGAGGUCGAGGAAAAAGUAAAGCAACAACAUAGAAAAUAUAUUCUUCAUGAACAAUUGAAAGCUAUCAAGAAGGAAUUAGGAUUGGAGAAGGAUGACAAGGAUGCGAUAGAAGAAAAAUAUAGAGAAAGAAUAAGGAAGAAAAUGGUACCUAAAUCAGUGAUGGAUGUGAUAGAAGAGGAGUUAGCUAAACUGUCCUUUUUAGAGGGUCACAGUAGCGAGUUUAACGUCACGAGAAACUAUUUAGACUGGCUGACAUCCAUGCCGUGGGGUGUAACGAGUAAGGAGAACUUGAAUGUUCAGGAUGCUGUCAGAAUUUUAGACGAAGAUCAUUACGGAAUGGAAGAUGUGAAAAAAAGAAUUCUUGAAUUCAUUGCUGUGAGUCAACUGAAAGGUAGCACACAAGGAAAAAUAUUAUGUUUGCACGGACCUCCCGGAGUCGGCAAGACUUCUAUAGCUAAGUCGAUUUCACGUGCUUUGAACCGAGAAUAUUUCAGAUUCAGCGUUGGUGGAAUGACGGAUGUGGCUGAAAUUAAAGGACAUCGAAGAACGUACAUAGGAGCUAUGCCAGGUAAAGCCAUUCAGUGCUUGAAGAAGACGAAAACCGAAAAUCCCUUGAUACUCAUAGAUGAAGUUGACAAAAUUGGCAAGAGUCAUCACGGAGAUCCAGCAUCUGCUCUCCUUGAAAUGCUCGAUCCCGAGCAAAAUUCCAAUUUCUUAGACCAUUAUCUAGACGUACCAGUGGAUUUGUCAAAGGUAUUAUUCAUUUGCACGGCCAAUGUGAUCGACACCAUUCCACCACCGCUGAGAGAUCGUAUGGAGUUGAUUGAUAUGUCGGGUUAUGUGGCCGAGGAAAAACUUAUGAUCGCGAAACAAUAUUUGGUUCCACAAGCCCGCACAGAAUCUGGUCUCAGCAACGAUCAAAUUGAUAUACAGGACACCGCGCUCACGACAUUGAUCAAGUCUUACUGUCGCGAAUCCGGAGUGAGAAGUUUGCAGAAAUACAUAGAAAAAGUGCACAGAAAGAUAGCGUUAAAGAUCGUCAAUAAGGAAGCUGAUCGGAUCGAUGUCACCCCGAGUAAUCUACAGGAAUUUGUUGGCAAACCCAUUUUCAGGCAGGACAGAAUGUAUGACAUCACUCCAGUGGGUGUAGUAAUGGGACUGGCAUGGACCGCCAUGGGUGGGUCGACUCUGUUUAUAGAGUGCACCAUCAAGAAGCCAUCCGGAAAAAGUGGUGAAGGCACUUUCGAGGUGACCGGUCAUCUGGGCGACGUGAUGAAGGAGUCGAUACAUAUCGCGAUGACGGUGGCAAGAAAUCAUCUUAAAAAAGAAGAUCCGUGGAAUACAUUUUUGUAUGAUUCCCAUUUGCACAUACAUGUACCCGAAGGAGCCACGCCAAAAGACGGACCUAGCGCAGGUGUAACUAUUGCCACGACGUUACUGUCCCUUGCGAAAAAUCAAGCUAUCAGACAAGAUGUGGCGAUGACAGGAGAGCUAAGUCUGACAGGCAAAGUUCUCCCUGUCGGUGGUAUCAAAGAGAAAACUAUUGCCGCAAAACGAGUCAACGUCAAGUGUAUAAUAUUGCCGGAGGAAAAUGAGAAUGAUUUCAACGACUUACCUAAGUACAUCACGGAAGGCCUAGAAGUGCAUUUUGUCACAAAAUUCGAAGAUGUGUAUCGUAUAUGUUUCGCGCAACCACAGGAGACUAAUACUUUCCAACCUGAUAAACCAGUUGUGACUCAAGUAUCAUCCACGCAAUCGUCACUUGGAUAAAUCUAAAAUCUUUGCUCGCGAGAGUAAACAAUAAAGAUUUUGCAUAUUGCGUUUUUUUACAUAGAAAUGUACAUAUUAUUUUAAGAAAAACACGAGAAAUAUACAAGUUGAGCAUA